AGCACAUCUCUUACUUCCGCUAUGAUGGAACAUAAACACAGUUAGAAACAUGGAAUCAGAAUUUAGAAAUUACUUUACCAAAUCCCUGGACAUAUUUUCCCGCAAUUUUUACCAUCAGUUGGUCAACUUUAAUCCCAAUAGGAACAUAAUAUGCUCUCCACUCUCCAUACAAACUUGCGCUGGAAUGUUGCGUAUGGGUGCUGUGGAUGGCAGUGAGACUGCCAUAGAAUUGGACGGAGGACUCAAUUUCAGCUCGAACUAUGCCAAAGAGAUAGCGAACGGAUUCAGUAACGUGUUAACUACCUAUGUGGAGUGCAGUGUAUUGACCAUGGCUAACAAAUUGUACCUUAUGAAGGACUAUAAAGUACGCAAGAGAUUCAACGAGAUAUUAACACAGAAGUUUCACUCGGAAGCAGAGAAUAUUGAUUUCUCAAUUGGCAGUGAGGCUGCGAACACUAUCAAUGGCUGGGUUGAGUCCAGGACGAACAAGUUAAUAAGCAAUAUCGUUAGCUCUGACGCACUAAGUGGCAACACUCGAUUGGUGUUGGUUAAUGCCAUUCACUUCAAAGGCGAAUGGACAGUUAAAUUCGAGGAGAGUGAGACGCGCAGUGAAGAUUUCUUUUUGGGAAAUGAAAAGAUACUAAAAGUGUCAAUGAUGAAUGCGGCAAAUAAGUAUUAUUUUGCUGACUUACCAGAAAUGGAUGCAAAAGCCUUGCGAUUGGCCUAUCAAGAUACUGAUCUAUUUAUGUUGAUCAUAUUGCCAAAUUUAAAUGCGGGAUUAAAGCAACUGGAGAAGAAGCUGCAAACAACAUCGCUGGAGGAUAUAACAUCUCAACUGACCUUACAUAAGGUAUUUGUCAAGCUGCCCAAAUUUAAAGCGGAAUUCGAACAAGAACUCACGCCGGUCUUCAAAGAAAUGGGCAUUAAAUUAAUCUUCAAUGGUCAAGCUGAGUUUGGAAAUAUGUUGGAUUCGAAUGAAAGAUUAGAUGUGUCAAAGAUUUUACACAAGGCUUUCAUCGAGGUCAAUGAAGAGGGAACGGAAGUAGCGGCAGCAACAGCAAUGGUUGUGGCAGUAAGGAGCAUGCCACCUCCUGAGUUAGAACCAAAACAUUUUUAUGCUGAUCAUCCCUUCUAUUUUACCAUCUAUCAUGCUAACCAUGGUUGUCUGUUUGUGGGUAACUUCAAUUCACCGGAUAUAAGCCACGUUGACAACGUUCGAUUAGUGUGUCAGUGCAAAAGAGAACAAUGUGAAGACUAGAUACUUAUAAUCAAUAUAUUACUUGCGAAUAUAAAUUUAAACAAAUUAUAAAUAAAAUAAACUUUCGACAUCAUUUUCUAUAAUAAA